AUGUGGCACAAGACCAAUCUAGUACUACCCAUGUUUGGGUUGAUAGUGGUCGGCCUUACUACUUUACAAGACUUAUUGCUGGAUGCUUGGACUCCAUAUCAAAAAAUUGGCGGCUUGUGGUAUCAGACUAAGAAUGUUGCCAUAGGGUAUUGGCCAAAGGAGCUAGUACCUAGUUUGGAAAUUGAGGCUGGAGAUGUGGGGUGGGGAGGAAUUGCCAUGGCUCAAGAGAAAGAAAAUGCUCCCCCACUAGGGAGUGGCCAAUACCCAGAUGGCACCUUGAGAUCUCUCGAGUCUCAGGGCGAUACGAAGGAAGUGUUUGUUGGCUCCGUCUCACGCUCGUCUGAGGUUUUUUCACGGGAGAAGUUCCGGCGGCUUGGUGAAGUGGUCUCGCGGUCGACGCACUUGGUCUUCAUGGAGGACGAUGAGGAGCUAGGGUUAUUGUUAGGGUUCGCUGCGCCGAUCUCCAGGUCUUGCACAGCGAGUUUUGCAGUGAGAGAGAGAGGCUUGCACAGUGAGUUUCUCAAGGCAUCCAUUGUUGUCGAGCUUGAAGAAGGCGAUAUUAUUGAUUGCGUUGACAUUUAUAAGCAACCUGCCUUCGAUAACCCUUUACUCAAGAAUCACAAAAUCCAGCUGCGGCCAACUUCAUUUCCAGCUCAGAUGAAAAACUCAGCUCCGGUGACUGAUCCGAUAUCCGAAACAUGGUCUAAGAGGGAAGCAAGCCCUGAUGGAACAGUUCCCAUACACAGAACAACAAAGGAUGAUUUAGUAAGGGCCAAAAAUCUUGCGCACCAAAUGUUUGGAUACCCAAACAUCAAAUUGGUGGCUUGCAGUAACAGACAGGAACAUUACAGUAGGGUAUUGGCCUAAGGAAAUGUUACCUCAUUUAAGAAAUGGGGCUGGAGAAGUAGGGUGGGGAGGAACUGCCAUGGCUGCAACAAAACGUAGCCCCCCAAUAGGGAGUGGCCAAUACCCAGAUGACAA